AUGUCCUCCAGUGGCACCCUCAGCAACUACUACGUGGACUCGCUAAUAGGCCAUGAGGGCGACGAGGUGUUCGCGGCGCGCUUCGGCCCGCCGGGGCCCGGCGCUCAGGGCCGGCCUGCAGGUGUGGCGGACAGCCCGGCCGCCGCCGCCGCCGAGUUCGCCUCGUGUAGUUUUGCCCCCAAAUCGGCCGUGUUCUCCGCCUCGUGGUCCGCGGACAAACCACGUAAUACAGGCCGCGAGUUCUCGUGCAACUCGUUCCUGCCGGACAAGGCGGCGGCGGAGGCGGCGGGGGGAACCGGACCCGGGGCGAGAAUCGGGGCCGGCCCCGGGGCGGGCGGCUCGUCGGAGCCAUCGGCUUGCAGCGACCACCCGAGCCCCGGCUGCCCGCUGAAGGAGGAGGAGAAGCAGCAUCCGCAGCCGCCGCCGCAGCAACUUGACCCAAACAACCCCGCGGCGAACUGGAUCCACGCUCGCUCCACCCGGAAAAAGCGCUGUCCCUACACCAAAUACCAGACGCUUGAGCUGGAGAAGGAAUUCCUCUUCAACAUGUACCUCACCCGGGACCGGCGCUACGAGGUGGCCAGGAUUCUGAACCUCACAGAGAGACAGGUCAAAAUCUGGUUUCAGAACCGUAGGAUGAAAAUGAAAAAGAUGAGCAAGGAGAAAUGCCCCAAAGGAGACUGACCCGGCGUGGUGCUGGCGACAGCGCUUAAAGGCGGCAGCGGGGCUUUCCUUUGUGGGUGCUUGAUUUCCAGAAACUCUCCAGCGACUCGGACUUUUAUUUUAUUUUUUCUUUUUUAGGUAGCAGUGACUGUGUGAUUGGUCUCUGUGAGGUAUUUGGGGGACUCUGUAUUUGCUCGCUUACGUGUUGGAGAAACCAGUGGCUUUGGGGUUCGCCCUAUCCCACUCCCUCCCUUUUCUGCUCCGUUGGUUCCUUAGGAAAUGCUAUAUUUUGUGAGUGCACGCUGGCUUAAGGAGGCCUCUUCUGUGUAAAUGUCCCCCACGUUUCUGAAAAGUGCUGUAGCUUAGCCCCCUAGCGCUGCCCAAACAGGGGCCAAGCGCGCCCCAAUUCUGACAAUGAAGGCAGAGCAAUGACACUGCAGACACGGCGGCUGCUUGGCCAGGCCAAAGCCGGGUCAGUUGCCCACCGUUCGCGAAAGCCCCCUUUCCUCAGGGAGCCUGCGGGCCCUCGGCUGGAGAGAUCUCGAGUGAGGCCUAGACAGGGGCCCAGGGCCUCGGGUGGGGAUUUGUUCUCACUGCAUUGGAGGAGCUGCUCUAACUCCAGGAGGCUGGGCCCCCAUGGGCGGCUGCGGGUGAUGGCCCUCCCUGUUCCUGCUUGAGGACCAGUUGUAAAUGUUACCGCUUCCUACCAAUAAAUGCUGACCUGAUCAAACGGAGCCCAGACACUG